GGCGGGGCCUUCCCGGCCCCCUGGAUCCCAGCCCGCCCCGUGCGCAGGGAGGCGGCCCCGGGGAGGCACCAGCCGCGGGGCGGGAGGUCGCUGCCCGGGCGGAGGAAGCGGCCGGGGCCGGAGCCGAGCCCGGCGAUGGCUGCAGCGGGGCCGGCGCAGCAGCUGCGGGUGGCGUUUGAGGACGUGGCUCUGUAUUUCAGCCGGGAGGAGUGGGGGCUCUUAUCCCGGCCAGAGAAGCAGCUGUACCGGGACCAGAUGCUGAGGAAUUACCGGGCCCUUGUUUCCUUGGGUUCUUCAGGUUCCAAACCGGACUUAAUCCACCGGAUCGAGCUAGGGGAGGCAGAGCUCUGGAUCCGGGAUGCUGAGAUCUCCAGGGUAAACUCUGGGCCUGAGAGCCCCUCCUCAGCAGGGCUCAGGAUCCCGGGAGGAACGAGUACACAGUCUGAAUGUGGAGAGAGCACGGGAGGAACGCAGAAUCCCGCAGCCCACAGAGGGAUCCAUGCACAGGACACAGUCCAUCCCCGGGGCAGACUCAGGCAGAGACCGGACCUGGCUACACACCAGAGACUCCCCAUGGGCCGGUGUCCCCAUCGCUGUAUCGACUGCGGCAAGAGGUUCAGCAACCCCUCCGCACUGACCCAGCACCGGUGCAUGCCCACCGGGGAGCAGCCGUAUUGCUGUGCUGACUGCGGCAGAAGAUUCAGAUGGUCCUCGGUCCUGAAAAUACACCAGCGCACACACACGGGGGAGCGGCCGUAUCGCUGCGCUGACUGCGGCAAGAGCUUUGCGGAGAGCUCACACCUGAGAACACACCAGCGCACGCACACUCGAGAGCGGCCGCACCGCUGCGCCGACUGUGGAAAGGGCUUUGCACAAUUUUCGUACCUGAGAAGACACCAGCGCACGCACACCGGGGAACUGCCAUACAGCUGUGCUGACUGCGGCAAGGGCUUUGCCCAGAACUCAAGCUUGAGAAUGCACCAGGUCACACACAGCGGGGAGCGGCUGCACCGCUGCGCCGACUGCGGCAAGAGCUUUGCAGCGAGCGCAAGCUUGAGAAGUCACCAGCGCACGCACAGCGGGGAGCGGCUGUAUCGCUGCACCCACUGCGGCAAGGGCUUUUCAACGAGCUCAAAGCUGAGAAGUCACCAGCGCACGCACACCGGGGAGCGGCCGUACCGCUGCCCCGACUGUGGCAAGAGCUUUGCGGAGAGCUCACACCUGAGAGCCCACCGGCGCACGCACACCGGGGAGCUGCCGCACCACUGUGCUGACUGCGGCAAGGGCUUUCAUCGGAUCUCAACCCUGAGAAGGCACCAGGGCAUAGAUACCCGGAAGUGGCUGCACCGCUGCACCGACUGCGGUAAGUGUUUUUCACAGAGCUCACACCUGAAAAUACACCAGCGCAGGCACACCGGGGAGCGGCCGCACCGCUGCGCCGACUGCGGCAAGAGCUUUGCAGAGAGCGCAAACCUGAGAAGACACCGGCGCACGCACACCGGGGAGUGGCCGCUCCACUGUACCGACUGCGGCAAGGGCUUUGCCCAUAGCUCAAACCUGAGAACACACCAGCGCACGCACACAAGGGAGCGGCCGUACCGCUGCAACGACUGCGGCAAGAGCUUUGCAAAGAGCUCGACCCUGAAAACACACCAGCGCACGCACACCGGGGAGCGGCCCUACCACUGUGAUGUUUGCAAGAAAAGCUUCAGCAAUGCCAGUACGCUGACCAAACAUCUUCGCACACACGCACGGGGAUCGCUGCACCGCUGCGCUGACUGCGGCAAGGCCUUUGCAUGGCGCUCACACCUGAGAAGACACCAGCGCGCGCACACUGGGGAGCGGCCAUACUGCUGCGCUGACUGCGGCAAGGCCUUUGCGGAGAGCUCAAAGCUGAGAAUACACCAGCGCACGCACACCAGGGAGCGGCCGCACCGCUGUGCCCAGUGUGGUAAGGGAUUCCGCUGUGCUUCCACCCUGACACUGCACCAGCGAACGCACACCGGGGAGCAGCCACACCGCUGCGCUGACUGUGGCAAGGGCUUUGCAGAGAGCUCAAAGCUGAGAAUACACCAGCGCACGCACACCGGGGAGCGGCCGUACCGCUGUGCUGACUGCGGCAAGGGCUUCGCACAGAGCUCAACCCUAAGAAUACACCAGCGCACACACACUGGGGAACGGCCACAUCGCUGUGCUGACUGCGGCAAGGGCUUUGCACGGAGCUCACACCUGAGAAGUCACCAGCGCACGCACACCGGGGAGCAGCCGCAUCGCUGCGCUGACUGCGGCAAGGGCUUUGCAGAGAGCUCAAAGCUGAGAAUACAUCAGCGCACGCACACCGGGGAGCGGCCGUACCACUGUGCUCACUGUGACAAGGGCUUUGCACAGAGCUCAGCCAUGAGAAUACACCAGCGCACACACACCGGGGAGCGGCCGUACCACUGUGCUGACUGCGGCAAGGGCUUUGCAGACGGCUCAAGCCUGAAAACACACCAGCGCACGCACUCCGGGGAGCGGCCGCACCGUUGUGCCCAGUGUGGUAAGGGAUUCCGCAGUGCUUCCACCCUGACACUGCACCAGCGAACGCACACCGGGGAGUGGCCGCACCGCUGCGCUGACUGCGGCAAGGGCUUUGCGCGGCGCUCAGAGCUGAGCAGACACCAGCGCACACACACUGGGGAGCGGCCGCAUCGCUGUGCUGACUGCGGGAAGGGCUUUGCGGAGACAUCAACCCUGAGAACACACCAGCGCACGCACACCGGGGAGCGGCCGUAUCGCUGUGCUGACUGCGGCAAGGAUUUUGCACAGAGUUCAACCCUGAGAACACACCAGCGACACACCGGGGAGCAGCCGCACCACUGUGAUGAUUCUGGUAAGAACGUGAAAAAAACCAAUCCACCCACCCGGCACCAGUGCACGCACACUGGGGGGAGGACAUUCCGACGCGCUGGCUGCAGCAAGAGCUUUGCACGGGCCGCCUCCUUGCAAUCACAUUGGUUCUUUCACAGCUGAGAGCAGCAGUACAGCUGUGCUGACUGGGGCAAGCACUUUGCUAGAGUGGCCAACCUCACCCGGCACCCGGUCACACACACCGGUGCCCCUCUGCCACUGCCAGGGCCUGAGGGGCUUCUGGCAGCCCGUGGGCCUGACACAGUGCCAGCAGAUCCAGACCAGGGAGUGGUCCUGUCCCCAUGAUGCCCAGCAGAGAGACUGGGGGGCAGGGGAGGGGAUUUGGCUGAGCAAGUGUGGGGAAGAGCAGACAGGUGGAGGGAGUUUAGAGCAGAUGAUCACAGCCUACUGCAUUAGGGAGCCCUCCCCCUCAUGUAGGUGGGAUCCGGCCAUGUCUCUCUUUCUGUCCUACACUCACGCACUCAUUUCACUGGGCUGUAGCCAGGAUAACCCCUUCUCUCUCUCUCUCUCCUGGAUGGGACCCAGCCAGGAACUUCCCCCCCCCACAUCUAGCUCUGUUCCAGCCAGCGGGUGACUCUUGGGUGACAUCUAGAGGUGGACAGAGAGACAGUUGCACAGAGAGAGUUUCCCAUUACUCCUGGGGGAAUUCUGCGCCUAAAAAUUCUGCAAACAAUAUUUUAAAAUUUUGCAUAUUUAAUUUGUCAAAAUAACACAGUAUAAUCACACUGGUUUCAGAGUAGCAGCCGUGUUAGUCUAUAUCUGCAAAAAGAAAAGGAGUACUUGUGGCACCUUAGAGACUAACACAUUUAUUUGAGCAUAAGCUUUCGUGAGCUACAGCUCACUUUAUCAGAUGCAUGAACACUAGUUUCAGUUAUUUUGGUAAUUUAUUUCAAAAUUCCUGUCAGCAAGUAUGUCUGUAGCAAUGGAGAGAACAAAAAAAAGAUUCAGAAAGUGUUUUUUGACAAAUAGAUUCUUUACUAGGCAUAUUAACACAGAACUCUGAGUGAGAAUUCAUGUAAACUAUAAUACAGAAACCUAUUUCCUGCACCCCUCAGCAGUAGUACAAAGGCUUGGGGGAGUCAGGAGUAACAGAGGAGCUGAGAGGGAGGGAAGUAAUUGCUGGAAGUAGCCUGGGAGUGAAGCAGAAGGGUUGUUGGGUGUGGGUGGGAGAAGUAUGUAACAGAUUUGGGGGGGGCGCGGGAAUUGUUAGAGAGUUGGGGAGCCUCCCCCAUACUUCCCUGGCUGACUCCCUAGCCUCUCCCAUUCAGUUAGGCACAUCUGCCCCAUUCCUGUGUGUCCCUGCACCCUCCUUCCCCUAUCCCUGUGUGACCCUGCACUCCCACUCAGCCACACCUGCCCCUGUGUAGCCCCUAUCCCUGUGUGGUCCUGCACCCCCACUCCCACUUAGACCCUCACCCCAGUCUUCCCCCCCACCAGCCCUUCUGAACCCCAGCCUAUGUGGUCCCCGCAGCAGCCCUAUGUGCCCUGCUCUGUCUGCCCCCCCCCCACCCCUCCAUAUUGCCUGCUUCCUCACCUGGCCCCUUUGGGCAGUUUGCUGUGAGGAAUGCGACUUCUGCUACAGCUCUGAGCUGGCUGCCCUCUGUUCUGGUGCCAUAACAGCUCCUGGUGGGAGAAAGGUGUAACUGCAGCGCCUCUAUGGCAAAAUGUAUUUUCUGCCAAGGGGAAAAAAGUCUGCUGGGGACAUGAAUUCUGCGCCUGUGCAGUGGUGCACAAUUUCCCCAGGCCUAUACAGGAGACCACAUUCAGCCUGAGCUCCUGUAUAACACCGGCCAAAACUUCCCUGAGUUAAUGCCUGUUUGAACUACAGCAGAACUUUCAUUUUUUUUUUUAAAUCCAGUCUUGAUUUUAAAAUUGCCAGAGAUGAAGAAUCCACCAGGAUGCUUCAGAAGUUAUGAAUUGUACAUGCAUGGUUAAAAGUAGGGAAGGAAGUUUGUUUUUAUUUUACCAUGUGUCUGUGAAGAAGAGCUUUCAGUUGCCAUCUCUUCCCCUCCCCUCCCCUCCCCCCGACAGCUCACACUCUAGUGAAGAGAUGAAUUCUCUGUUGUAAAAACAGCUUAUGCACACGGCGAAAUGGUUGUGGACGUUCUCAGAGGAGAGUCAAACAGCACAAUGCCUCUUGCAGGGCAGCAGCCAUUGCACCAGAUGUGCAAAGGUGGGCUGAAGGCAGCAGUAGCCGGCUGCACAGUGUGGGCUUCAUUUCCUUUGGGCAGUGGCUGCUUUUUCCCUUCCAUGAAAGUCUGUCUGAUGCUUUGAUCGUCCCACCACUUACACAACAGCACCUUGAUUGGAUUGACACAGCCCAUCUGACCUGUGCUUUGGGGCUGGAGAAGGAAAAAAUCUGUCACAACACUUGGGGUAGGAGAGUUGUUUGAUUUGGUUGUACCUGAAAUAUAUUAUUCUAUUGAAAUACUUGAAGAUGGGGGCCAGCUGCACAUCACAAAGUGCUUUACAAAGCCACUUAGUGCCUCAAUCCCCAUUUUACAGAUGGGGAAACCAAGGCACAGAGAGCCUCACCCAAGGUCCAAUGGAACUCUGGUCUCCUGGCUCCCAGCCCGUAGCUCAGCCCACUGAACCACACUGCCUUUAAAAACAGCUCUUCAGUGUGUAAUGCCUUGCUGUGCCUUUAAAUGGGGCUUCACACACCCCUUCGUACAGCAUGAAAGAGUAACAGCCUCCACAACCCUCCUAAUGUCACUGCCACACUGGGCAAGGAGAGAUCUGACCACCCAGGAAUGCCCCAGCUUUUAAUGAGAUGAAAGGAGGGGCCUGUUCCACAGUGUGUACUUAUUGUAUGACUGGUAGGGUUGCCACCUGUCCAGGUUUUCGCUUUUGUGUCCGGGUGCCAUUUAGGGUUUCUGGGUGUCUGGCUUUAGGGAUCUGGCAACCCUAAAUGGUGCCCGAACCAAAAGUCCGGUUACGGGGCGGGAGGAGGCAGCAGUGCUGAGCGAAGAGAAAGGAGCUGAGGCAGGCGUACCAGAAGGCAAGGGAGGUAAACCGUCACUCUCGUCCCGCGCUGAAGACCUACCCCUUCUAUCAGGAGCUGGAUGCCACCCUUGGUGGUGACCUCACCUCCACCGCCAAGAGCCCUGUGGAUACUUUGGUGGGGCUGCAGGCGGUGGACAGGGGGCUCAAGCCCGAGAACGAAGUCCUGGACAAAGGUCAAGUUGGAGAACGUUGUGGAGUCGGUGGUAGGGUCAUCCGGUGGCACGGCGAGUCAGGAAUUCUCCACUCCGGAGGGGUCUAGCCGGUCUCAGCAAUCUAUUUGUGGCCCACAAGACACGGGAGAGAAGAACCAUAGUAAAUGUUCAUUUUGGAGCUCAUAUAUGAGGUAGAACUGUUCUUUCCUAUGUAUAUUGUGGCAGUGGGUGAAGGGAUAGAGAAAUUAAAAAGAAAAAAAUAAAUAAAACCCAAAAGCCUGCACACACAGCCCCAGUCACAAACCCCUCCCAGCUCUACUUCCUAAAACGAAUAAGCAUUCAUUCAAGCCAACUUAUGAACCACCAUAAGCAUACAUUCAAAUUAGUUUUAUAGAUGUCACCCACUCACAUACACAUUCAUACUUGUUUUUCAGCAUUAUUUUAUACAGAAUACGCACACAGCCUAGCUUAAAAGAAAUCUAACAGUGUUCAAUUGUUCAAUACACCCCAUGUAGACAAAAUGUAGGGCUAGUUUAAACUAUUUUAUGUUAGAGUUGAUUCCACUUUUUACCAGAGCUAUAAAUGUUGUUUUCUGACCUCUCUACACGCAUACAGACACAUAACACUUUAACAUCCACCCUUCCCUCCUCUUUCUCAAAACAAUUAAGAAUACACUCAAACCAAACUGCAUAUUAUUUUAUAGAUAAACUACUUUAAGCAUAUGUUCAAGUUAGUUUUAUUGACAGUUAAGUCUCACAGACCAUCAUACUUGUUUUCAGCAGUAUUUUAUACAAAACACACAGAGCCUAAUGUCAGGUAAAUCUAACAAUGUAAAGUUGGACAGUACACCCAUGUAUGAGACAAAAUGCAGAGCUGGUUAUUGACUUAUUUGGCACAUUUAGCAAAAUACUAAAAAAGAAAUAAGAAAUUCAUGAAACACUUAGGUCUGGCAGAAGCUAUAAAAAGCCCUAGAAACAUCUGCAUUUUGCCUCUUCCCUGCACUGAUCUCUGGACUAUGGACUUAUAAUAAAAGGUUUCAGAGUAACAGCCGUGUUAGUCUGUAUUCGCAAAAAGAAAAGGAGGACUUGUAGCACCUUAGAGACUAACCAAUUUAUUUGAGCAUGAGCUUAGCUUAGCUCAUGCUCAAAUAAACUGGUUAGUCUCUAAGGUGCUACAAGUACUCCUUUUCUUUUUAUAAUAAAAGGAGCAUUCUAACCAAUGGACUUGGGACCUUCCAUUCUUUUGGAUGCCAUCAGAGACUUAACAAGCCAACAGUUUAUUCCAUCACUGCUUCAAACCGGACACAAGCACUUUGCAAUGUGUGUAUAUAUUUGAUUCCUUUAACAGUUUUUACCCUCACCUCUUUCUUUCGCUUAUACAUAAAUCUUUAGAUCAGGGGUCUUAAACACAUGGCUUUCAAUCAGGAGUCUCAAACACGCAGUUCCCUGUUCCUGGCCAAUGGGAGCUUCGGGGGGAGGUACCUGGAGGAGCAGCCAGGGCAACACACAGACCCCUGUACCCCCCCUCCCCCAGGUUCCAUCCGCUUCCCGGAGCAGCGCGGGGGCAGGGCAGGCAGGCAGGAAGGGAGCCUGCCCUGCCCUGGUGCGUGCCAGGCCAGAGCCUGCCCCCCAAAACCCCUCCUGCAGCCAAACCCCCUGCCCUGAACCCCCUCCUGCACCCCGACCCCCUGCCCUGAGCCCCCUGCUGCACCCCACACCCCUCCUGCACCCUGAGCCCCCUGCUGCACCCCACACCCCUCCUGCACCUCAACUCCCUGCCCUGAGCCCCCGCCACACCCUACCUGCACCCCCUGGGGGCAGGGAGGGGGCAGAGUUGGG